GUCUCCAAAAUGAAUUCCUCCGUUUCGUCAGUUCCGUAAAAGCGUUUUGGCUUUGGCAGAUAGAGGAUUAUUUACGAAGAGUGAGGACUAUAUUUAUGAAAGACAGCGAGACGCCGUUUUAUAAACUAGUUCAAACAUAGAAGUUUUUUGGUUGUGUGACACGGCCUGCGUGUUCAAGGGAGUGACAAAACAGACGGUAGUGUCGCGCAUGAACAGAGAUGCACAGAGCGCGUUAGCUUGUUAGCCUGUUAGCCUGUUAGUCUCCUAGUCUCCCGAGAUAUGCACGGCUGCUAGCGCAUUAGCCUGUUAGCCUCCCGAGGAGCUCACGACAGAACCAAACACCGACCUAGUGCAUUAUGACAGAUAGCAUAAUGAGUAAAGCAGCUACUAUGGAGAUUCCCAUCAACAGUAAUGGAGACACAGGGACUCUGCCAGAAGACGACAGCUUGGAGCAGGCUGCUAAACGGCAGUGGAGCUUAGGGGAGAAGGUAGGGAGCUCCCGAGGACCCAGGGAUUUGCAGCAGGUGAUGGUUUCAGGCCCCAAUCUGAAUGAGACCAGUAUUGUAUCGGGUGGAUACGGAGGCACAGCUGAAGGCAUCAUCCCCACCAGCUCCAUCAAAGGUUCCAACAUGAAUCACAGUAGCAGCAGCUCCUCUAUGACGGCCGAGGAGUCGACUAAAGGAGUAGCUGUGGAGAAAAUUGAACAAGUAAAGAAGUGGGGGCUUAACACUUACAAGUGUACGAAGCAGAUGAUCUCAGAGCGGUUUGGUCGAGGGUCCCGGACAGUGGAUCUUGAACUCGAGGCUCAAAUCGAGGUGUUGAGGGACACAAAGAGGAAAUAUGAAAACGUACUACGAUUGGCCCGAGGUCUGACAAAUCACUUCUACAACAUGGUCCAGACGCAGCAUGCUCUCGGGGACACCUUUGCUGACCUCAGUCAGAAAUCUCCAGAGCUAAGGGAUGAGUUUGGGUAUAAUGCAGAGACACAAAAGCUCCUUUGUAAGAAUGGAGAAACGUUGCUUGGGGCAAUUAAUUUCUUUGUAUCCAGCAUCAACACACUGGUUAAUAAAACAAUGGAAGACACUUUGAUGACAAUAAAGAUGUAUGAAAAUGCCAGAUUGGAGUUUGAUGCCUACAGGACAGACCUAGAGGAGCUAAGCGCAGGCCCCAGAGACGCAGUGACCAUAGCUCGAAUUGAAGCUGCGCAACAACAAUAUCAGGUUCAAAAAGACAAAUAUGAACGACUCCGGUCUGACGUCACGAUCAAGCUCAAGUUUUUGGAGGAAAAUAAGGUGAAAGUGAUGCACAAGCAGCUCCUCCUCUUCCACAAUGCCAUCUCUGCAUACUUUGCAGGCAACCAGCAGCAGUUGGAGCAGACGCUGAGACAGUUCAAUAUCAAGCUGAGGCCACCAGGGGCAGACAAACCCUCCUGGUUAGAAGAGCAGUGACCAUACAUAUAAUCCACUCAAACACAUUACCUGUCGGCCCCCCGGUUAACAGAGGACCACUACAAUGGAAACACAGGAGGAAAAACUUUGAUGGAGGCUUUAGAUGAGCAAAUGGCUGAGUGAUUGGACAAGUGUGAGAUAUUUGAACAUGUAGAUGCAGGGUAUUUCCCAUGAGCGAAUGAAGUAAGUUUACCAAGUGGAGAGUAUCAUGGACAAUUUGGGGGCAUUAGUGCCUCUAUCUCUUUCUCUUUUCACUUUAACAGUAACUCUUACAUGAGCUUUAUCACAUACCUUUAUUUGUCUUACCCUGGCCUGUCUGUGUGCAUUAGAUAGUCAAAAGUAUGGCUAUUUUAUCCAUCUAUUUGCUAUAGUCUCUAUAUGAGACUGAAUCAUGUCUGUUUAGAUGAUGAGAAGAUGAGAACGUGUGCAAUCCUUAUAGUGACCAUUAUGAUAGAUGAAAAUCUAAUUAACCACUUUAAAAAGGUUUAUAUCCUGGGUUUGUGCCUCUUAUACUGAUAAUAGUAUGGAUUUAAUUAUUAACCUGAAAGAAGUAAUUCGGACACAUUAAAAAAAUAUGUUGCACACAGUAGUAAGUAAUUGUCUAGUCUAGAAACAAUUCACAUGAAACAAAUGGUCAUGUGUUUUCCUGAAAUCUAACAAUGCAUAUUUGUUAACCACAAUUUGAGUGACAGUGACGUGACAAUUUAUGAAAGGAAUUAAUAUUUUCAAUCUUUUGCACACAUUGUACCUGUGUAUUCUCAAAUGAAAGUUUUUCCUAAUAGCAAUUUCAGUGACCAUCUGAACACUGCCAUUGUUUAUUCAAUCAUGUUUAUUUUACAUUACUUUCCCAAAGACUGUUAAUAGACGAAGACUACUGCUUGUGAUAACUUAUCAGUUUAUGGAGAAUAAGUGACCUCAGUUUGUCGUCUUUCAGUAAAACUUGAAAUUCCACUAUGUUGUCAAAUUGUUUAAACUAUGUGUCAUAAUGCUUUUAUGUAUCAAAUAUUUGUUAUUUCUGUUGUCAAACACUACAUUAACAACUGACGGCUAAUGGGCAGACAAUGAUACUUACUGUCUAUUGCAAAUGUCAUAACAUUUAAAACCAAUACUAAAAUAUGUCCUCAGGCUAAAACAGUCAUAAACGCGCCAUUUUAAAAUGUAGACACUCAACAGUAAAUUAGGACUAGUUGUGGCAUUAACCCUAUCGACGUAUGUGGCCAGUCCUGUAGCUUCUUAUCACCUGUGUUUUUGCAUGGCAGGCUGCAAACGCAAGGUGUCAAUAACUAGUCUCCAUUUGGAGCUUGCAUGGACAGGCUAAAUGUCACUGUGACGCUUGGACUUGUAAGAAACAAAAAUGACUUUUAAUAAGUUUUUCAAUUAUCUUGAAUUUAGAGUAAAGUUUAACAAUGUAUUUUGAUGCUCAGAGCCAGUAACACUAUUUGCAGCAAUAUUAAUGUGAAUUACUCUUUCAAAGAUAUGACAAGUCUGUGGCAAUAGGACUACUCCUAUUGUCUAAAUUAUAACUAAGCUCUAACAGGCUAAUGUGGCAUUGCAGAGAGAAAACCAAGAUUUCUAACUUGAUAUAUUUUAUUUGUGUACAAUCACUAUUUUGUAGGCUGAACUGGUGUGUUGUUUUGAAUGACUGAUACAUAGUGGUAUUUAUGAUGUUUUAACAUGGACGAAACUGUCAUAGAUUUAUCUGGAUUUCUGCCGUCAUUCCUCUUUCCAAUCCAAUUUCCUCUCAGAAGGAAGAUUAAAAAGGCAUAUUUCCAA